AUGGAAGAAACAACAAUCACUUUUGGGUCUAAGAGGAUUGCAGUUGUAACUGGAGGCAACAAAGGGAUUGGAUUUGAGAUAAGCAGGCAAUUAGGUUCUAACGGAGUUGGGGUGAUAUUAACUGCAAGAGAUGAGAGGAGGGGCACGGAAGCUGUUGAGAAGCUAAAGGCUUCUGGCUUCUCUGAUGUGGUCUUUCAUCAGCUGGAUGUCACUGACCAAACUAGCAUUGCUUCUCUGGCUGAUUUUCUCCAAACUCAGUUUGGAAAGCUUGACAUAUUGGUCAAUAAUGCAGGAGUUAUUGGAUCUUUAUUCCUCACUGAUGACAAAGAGAAGUUGGCAAUUAGGCCUGAGGAUCUUAUAGGUCCCAAUGGUAUCAAGAAUGAAUAUGUAAAGCAAACCUACGAGACAGCAGGGGAUUGCUUCAAAACAAACUACUAUGGAAUUAAGCAGCUCACAAAAGCACUUAUUCCACUUCUUCAAAAAUCCGACUCGGCAAGGGUAGUCAAUGUCUCCUCUGCAUUGGGACAACUAAGGGUUAUUCCAAAUGAGGAAGCCAAGAAGGUGCUAGGAGACGGUGAUAGCCUCACAGAAGAGAAAGUGGACAACUUAGUUGAGGGAUUUUUGGAGGAUGUGAAGCACAAUUUGAUUGAAGCCAAAAGCUGGCCUAUUAAUCAAUCUGCCUACAUUGUAUCCAAAGCAGCUCUGAAUGCUUAUACCAGAGUCUUGGCUAAAAAGUAUCCUAGCAUUGCCAUUAACGCAGUCAGUCCUGGUUUUACCGCCACAGACAUGAACAAUUAUACCGGUAUCCUCACAGCUGAAGAAGCUGCUAAAGGUCCGGUGAAGGCGGCUUUGUUGCCGGAUAUUACAGUUUCUGGCCGCUACUUUGAACAGACUGAAUUGUCAACCUUUGAAUGA